AUGCAUCGCAUGCUCUUCGUGGCCGUGUCGUUGUGUUUGGCAGCCUACGCUGGGGCCGUCCGCAACCAAAUGGAAACACACGAGCAUGAGAAGCUCGUGCACCUGCAUCAGGGCCAGGAGGACAUGAAGGAGAACUUUGACAAAGACCUGAUGGGGGAGAACUUGGGAAAUCUCGGCAACCAGGGCCAUCAGGAGAUCUUGGAAGACAAGGCUGUGACCAAAGGCUUCGUCUGCUGCCGCUGUCAUUGGGAGGUCCGAGGCGAGUUUGUCUUUAGAUCCAUCACAUCCGAGGGACAAUGCUCGGACAAAUGUGUCUUCUUGAAUGACGGGCUGUGCACAUACUAG